CAGCGGUAAGCGGCAUAGAUCAGAGGAGGCGUGUGAUGUUUCUAUCUCGUUAAGUGGUAAUAAUCAUGUCCUGGUCGAGGAAGCUGGUAUCAAAAGUUAAAUAAAUAGUCCCAUGUCUUUCGACCUGGAUCCCAUUCUAGCAAUUUACUUCCAAUCUUACACAUCUCUAUUAAAGCUUGGAUAUAUCAUCGGACUUUAUACAUCAUCAUGACAGUCUUGGAGCCAACCUCAUCCUCCUUAGGGAAUAUGUCAACGCAUUCAUCCUCUAAAUACAUUCAGAUUCCCUACGACUCGUCUGAACUUGGGAAACCAAGCCCUCUCGCCUUACUGGCUACGACCGUCAACAAGAUCGGCACUCCAUCACCAGGCAUCGAGUCUGCACGCAAUAGAUCUCCCGUGCCUCAGCGUACGUCAGCGCCGACUACGCCACGGCAACGAUCGGGUGCGCCUUCGACAUCGCCUAUCUCCGUGGCGCCACAUCCAGCUAAAGUACCGAAUACACCAUCGCCGUUACACCGCGUGACACCUCUUCCAAUUGACUACCCAAUGUACCACGUACCGCUACCUAUCCGCCACUCGCCGUACUCCGUGGGCGUGGGUUUACCUGCCGGGCAGCAAAUAGUACCAUCGAUGCGAUUCGACGUACCAGCCUGCUGCGGCCUUCAGUACCCGCUGUAUCACGACAUGUACCACAUGAACCAGGCGAUGAUACCACAGCUACCAGUGAUGUCACCCUUCUUAGGCGUCUACCCUCAUCAUGAUCUCCCACUUGCCAGACUCCCGUCAUCAUUGAAGGCUUCUUCAGUUCGUCGAAGGUCGCACCAUCGAAUAGUUAAGCGACUAAGGCGGCCGAUGGGGGAGAUCAUCGACGUCGUCUCUCUGUGAUCAGUUUAUAUAUGCCAUGCACAUUGAAUCAAUGAUUUCCUCAACUUUAUUCCUUGUAGAAUAUUUUCUUGCCAUUAUGUUGUCACAAUAAUUGUUCAAUAAACUGAGCUCAUAACCAUA